AUGCGGGACCAGGAAUUCCCGCUGUUGGCCAAUGGCAAUCACAACAUGGACCAGGAGAAAUUGGAGCCCCCGAGAACCCGUCUAGGCGCUCUCUGGCGGCGACUACCCUCCUCUCCAGCCGUCAGAAACGCUCUCUCGGCCACCGUCGAAUUUUUGAAGCCGGAAUUCUUGCAACGAAAGAAAGCGGCCGCUCCGAGAAAAGGCAACACCGCGUGGCUGGAUGGCCUGCGUGGGGGCGCGGCUCUCACCGUGUGCAUCAUGCAUCUUACCGUGUACACUCACACAGACAUGGAGUUGUGCUAUGGUGAUAGAUUACCCAAUGGACAACUGAACACCAGUCCUGCCGCGCUGCCCAUUCUGAGGAUCCCCUUUACUGGAGGCCAUUAUUCCGUCAUGCUCUUCUUCGUCAUAUCGGGAUAUGUGGUGCCAAGGCGACUCAUCACACUGCUUCACGAGGGGAGGAAGGAUGAUUUUGUGGAGGCGGUGUGUUCGGCGAUCGUUCGACGACCUGGACGGCUCUUCAUUCCGGUCGCGCUGAGUACCCUCUUCCUUGCCGUGGUCAUGGGACACAUUAUUGCGCUGCCGGUGCCGUUCCCGUUUUACAAGAGUAAUAUUGUCUGGGAGCUUUAUAACUGGUUUGGGGACAUGUGUCUGUUCUUGUUCUAUCACCGAUUCCAACUGCUGUUCACCUGGUAUAAUUUCCAUACAUGGACCAUCCCUGUCGAGCUGAGAGGGUCCCUAUGGCUAUUCGUGUGGCUUUUCGCUACGCAUCAGAUGGCGACGAGAUCGAGGGUACUCCUCACUUGCGCAAAGUUAUUCUACCUGGUCUUCUGGACGCCUGGCGGCUGGUAUUCUUGCUUCUUUUGCGGCAUGUUGACCUCGGAGCUGGAUUUGCUUGCGGAGAGCGGCCAAGUUCGAUUGCCUUGGGAUGGACUCCGGAACUUCUUCAUCAGGAGACCGAGAUUACGCAUGUUCGUCCUCCACCUAACACUGCUGAUUGGGUUGUAUCUUGCAUGCCAGCCUUCGUCAGACGGCAAACCGCGAGAAGAAUUGCUUGGGGAAUGCUAUGGCUGGAAAACUCUCAACCGGUUAAUCCCGGGUUCAUAUAAGGAUGGACCUCCCAAUAACACCCAUUACCGCUGGUAUUAUCUCAUUUGGGCCGCGUGGUUUACUGUCGUCGGCGUCAAGGAAAUCCCCUGGGUACGAUGGAUCUUCGAGACUAACACUGCGCAAUGUAAGUCCUACCCAGCCAACCAAUCUGAGUCUUCAUAGUAACACGCCUAGACCUCGGCCGACACUCCUUCGCCCUCUACCUCAUCCACGGCCCCAUGAUCGGCAUCUUCUCCGAGCGCGUCUUCUACCUCACCGGCGUCAAAUCCCCCAUCGACCUCGACUCCUUUGUCAAAUUCGGACAUCUGUACAACAAAUGGCACGAUGCCCCCUGGUGGCCUUUCCCCGAUGGAGGCUACGCUGGUCUCGAACCUAACUUCUUGUUCUGUGUUGCUCUGAGUAUCCCGCUCUUCUUGUACGUGGCCGAAUUGGGAACGAAGGCCUUUGAUGCCCCGUCCAUCAAGACUUCGAAUUGGAUGUAUCGGAAGAUGAAGGAGGUGAGAUGA